AUGCUGAACCGCUCUUCCGGAUUUGUUUUGUUUCGAAGACUUUGUGGACAGAUUGAAUAUCUGCUCAUGAAAGCCUCUUAUGGUGACUUCCACUGGAGUUCACCCAAAGGCCAUGUUGAUCCCGGAGAGGAUGACUUCACCACAGCGCUGAGAGAGACAAAGGAAGAAGCCGGUUAUGAUGAAAGUGAUUUGAAAAUUUACCGCGAUACGCCACUUACUCUUAAUUAUAAUGUAAAGGGCAAGCCCAAGGUUGUUAUCUAUUGGCUAGCAGAGCUGCGCGAUCCGAAUAAGGCAGCAAUACUAUCUGAAGAGCACACGGAGCUUAAAUGGCUGGCCAAAGAAGCUGCCAAAGAAUGUGUUGGCUUUAAGGACAAUCAAGUAAUGAUUGACAAAUUCCACGAAAUGAUUCUUGAAAUGGACAAGAAGAGUCCAUGCCCAUGUCCAUGAAUGCGGGAAUAAUAGAUAUUUCUAAAAUUGUUAGAUAGCAGCAUUACAGAUAUUAUUUUAAAGAUCUUAUAUUUUUGUGUAUUGUUUCAUAAAUAACAAGCAAGAAAUGAUACAAUGAAUGCUAAA